AUGUUUGACGGAUCAAAAGCAAUUGAGGCACUUAUGUCCUAUUUAACCUCAAAAUAUGAUACUGAUAGGAUGAGAAUAUAUAUGGAGGAUAAGCUUAGUCAUGACAGUUGGAAUCCACCAGAACUUUAUUGGAACCUAAUGAAGUCUCCUCUUGUUGUUUCACAUAUGCUAAAAAUAUAUCGCGAUAAGCCAAAGGACGAGUUCUUGUCCUCAUGGUACCAAGACUACAUGAACAACUUCAGUUCGUAUAUCAAGAUGGAACAAAGUGAAGUAAACAAGGAAGGCUUGUCUAGAAUUACAAGCAACUUCAGUGUUUUCACUCUAAGAAUAUCAGAGGAGAUCCAUAAAUUUCUUCUUACGAAUAACUCUUCGGAAUCAAUUGAAUUAGACUCACUCGAUUCAAUAAGUCCAUUGUUUUGGCACGCAGAAAAUGCAUAUAUAUACUCUCAAGCUCUACUCCACUUUAUUUAUCAAUGGAGGAUUGACUUAAGGGGUUGUAGGAGAUUGUCUCAACUUAUCGCUAAAGCUACAACAUACCCAAAUGAAAUACUUCGAGAGUCUCAGCUUAAUAUAGACUCUGUACUAGAAUGGUCAGUGUCACAAAUUCACCUACUGAUGACUAACUUUUCAAGAUUUCCAACCCUACACUCAUCAUUUAAGAGACUAUUGUCGAGCAAAAAAUCAAAUGAAGAUAAAUUUAACCACCAGGAACUAUGUGAUUUUUAUGAUGAACUUAGUAAAACACUAAAGGCCUUCGAUAGUUAUGGGUUUCUUCUAUUUGAUAUCAGAUCAGCUCCAAAAACAGAAAAAGAACAUGAUGAUUCAAGUGAAGAAAUCGUUGUGGAUGAAUCAGUAUCUCAAUUUGGAGAUAAAAGGGCUGAUGAAUACAUGAGACUUAGAAACGCACCAGAAAUGCCACCCCUGGAAGCAAUAAGGGAGAGUAAUCUACUGAAUGACCUUAUAGACGAUUUUUCAAACAGAGAUUCUAAUAUUAAGGAGUCAAAUUCGUGGAUUAAGUACGCAAACCUGCUGGUAAUGUUAUCAGUACUUUCUCCCUACGAACUUCUAUACUUCCACUACUAUGAAAAGGUCUCAAAUUAUAUUAAGAAACUACCUCAAAGAGAAGUUUGGCAACAGUUUUACUUACCUCCAGAUGAGUAUGAGUCAGAUGACUCGAUAGGAUCAAUUGAAAGAUACAGAGAUUAUGGAGCAAUGUAUGAUCAAGAAUAUGGAUCGUCAGAGGAACAUAGUGAUGCAUCUAGUAUAACAGCAUCAGACGAAUAUGAAAUCAAGACUGAAUCGCAUGUCCACAAGGCUUGGCAAACCGAGACUUCAAAUUCUAUACUUUCAUCCAACGUUUUCUCAUCAAGUUCAAGUAAUAAGAAAUUAUCUAAAUCUAGAAAAAGAAAUGGAUAUAUGGGUAGUGAUAAUACUGAUGGAUCUAAAUCGCAUGAUUCUGCAAAUAGAGAAAACUUUAAAUCAAGGUCAGGUUCAAGUUAUUAUAAUAUAAAGAGAAGAAAACCCUCACAUGAUUAUGAGGAUGCUCUUAUGGAUGACGUGGGAAGUGAGUAUAUGGAAAUUAAAAGCACUCUUGAAAGUGCAAUAUACAACAAUAUAAAUGAACAGACUAAGCUUGGUCCUGGUAAAAAUAUCUCUAAGGAACGGCUUGAUGAGAUGAAACAACUCUAUUCUCAGUUUAAGUUAAAGUGUGAUAAGUUGAUGAACAUUGCAAGGAAUGAUUUGUACAGCCUAUAUAGCAUCAUUCACAAUCAGCAAGAUACUGUAGAGGGAGAGUAUGAAAUGAGGAAGUUCAUUGAAACCAACAUAGCCUCAUCAGUUGUAAUUUCUUACAUAAACCAACGAGUUUUAAAGAGCAGAAACAUAAACGAGCUCAGUGAUAUCAAGCUCAUGCUCCUGAAGGAGAUCGCAGAUAAACACCCAGUUAAAAGAGGUUUAAUAAUUCUACUUCUUAGGGAUUUUUGUAAGCUUUGCGUUAUCGGCAACAUGGAUGAAAGCCCAAAUAAACUGGAGAGGUUGGAAGCAAUUGUGGAUUUGUUGGUUUAUAUUUCAAGAUUCGAUCGUCAGUGUAUAACAAUAAUAUCAGUAUUCGACUCAAUGAUUGACUUGGUUGACAGAAGUAUUAGUAGAGUGUUCAUAUCUAAAAUGCUAAAGUUCUGUGGUCCACCUUAUUCAUUGGAGUUCUCGUUAAUGUUCAUUAAAUUAAUCGAAAAGUUCAUCAGAUCAGGAAAUGGAGGACCAAACGUUCAAAUUGAGAUAGAGAAUACUCUCAUGAGGAAGUACAUAAACCCUUUCGUAAAAGAAUGUCUAGAGAAUAACUAUAACAACCAAGAAAUAAUACAGAUCGCAAAACGAUGUGAUUUUAAAAAUGACAGUGAAUAA